AUGGCAACCAGGUGGGGGAUCUGCAGCGCGGGGAAGAUCAGCCAUGACUUCAUGGCGCUGAAAACUCUUCCAGCUGAAGACCAUCAGGUACCAGUAUGAGUCGAUGCGUUUGUGGCUGUGGCGGCUCGCAAAUUAGAGGACGCUCAGGAGUUCAAAAAGCACAACAUCUCCCGGGCAUACGGCAGCUAUGAGGAGCUGGCCAGAGAUCCAGAUAUAGACGUGGUGUAUGUUGGCGUUAUCCACCCCUACCAUCUGAGCACCUGUCUGCUCUUUACGAAUGCCAAGAAGAAUGUGCUGUGUGAGAAGCCGCUGGCCAUGAACACAAAGGAGGUGAAGGAGAUCCUGACCUCUGCAAAGAGGAACGACGUCUUCCUCAUGGAGGCCGUCUGGACCCGAUUCCUCCCGGCCUCAGUGGAGAUCAAACGGCUGCUGGCCCAGGGGGAGGUGGGGGAGGUGAAGAUGGUAAGAUCUGACUUCGGCAUGCUGCUGAAGGACGUGCCGAGGUCAGCGCUGAAGGAGCUGGGCGGAGGAGCAAUGCUAGAUGUUGGAAUCUACUGCUUGCAGUUCAUAUGCAUGGUGUAUAAUGGAGAGAAGCCGGAGUGCAUCCAGGCCACGGGGGUCUGCCUGGAGACGGGAGUGGACGAGACCGUAGUUGUCACUCUGAAGUUCUCCAAGAACAGGCUGGCAGUGUUUACUUGCUCUUCAGGUCUCCAGUUGCCCAAUGAUGCCAUCAUCGUGGGGACGAAGGGCAGCAUCAGGAUCCCUGCCCAUAUGUGGUGCCCCACGUCAUUAGUAGUGAACGGGAAGGAGACCAGUACCCACUGCCAGAUCCCCCCUCUGCCUAUCAACUUUCUUCAACAGUACAGGAUGCGUUACGAGGCAGAGGAGGUUCGACAGUGUUUGCUCAAAGGACUAAAGGAGAGUGCAGUCACCUCCCAUGCUGACUCGCUUCUGCUGGCGGAGGUGGAGGAUGAGAUCCGCAGGCAGGUGGGGGUGGUGUACAGCCCAGGACUGCCAGUAAUGUGAAACAUAAGCAUGACGUCCCCUUGUUGAAUAAAACAAGUUUGUUAUGGAGAAUACAUGGUUCUGUAUGUUUUAACUGGACUUAAUACACCAUCAGUUUGGAACAUGUUAACUUCCUGUGAGGUCAAAACUGAGUUUUUUUUUUUCCUCAUUCGACUGUCAAUGAUUAGCUUCAACAUGGUAAAUGUGUUUUGAUAAAGAUGCUUAACAUACCGGUAUUUGUAAGCUCUUAAAUUCAUCAAACUUACUCACUGGAUGCCUUAGGUCCUAACCGUACAAUAAAGCAAUGUUGAGUGCUUCACCUGAAUCAUUCA